UGAUUUGCCGCAUGAGGAAGUGGUUUUUUUUAUUUUUUUCGCGCUAAAUUUAACAAAAACCCGAGUAAAUCAGUGUUAAAACGCGAUGGAUCUCAACGACGCAGUGCUCACGUGUGCGGUGAACAUGCAGUGGACAAAUUCCGUGGGCGUUACGGGUCGCAAGCUGGCCUACAAGACGGCGACUCUGCGCUUGGUGCGCAACGAUCUCCGGGAGCUGUUCGUGGAGGUGACGCCCGAGAAGCUGAAGCCGCUCAAAUUCAAGCUCAAGGAUCUGAUGGUGCACAAGAAGUUCAUGUCCGAGGGCAAGGCCACCUUUAAUUUCAAGGCGGAAAGCUGUACGCUCUAUUUGUCGAAUGCACCGCCCGGCACGCUGAUGUUCUUCCUGCGAACGAUCUUCAUCAAGAUGAACGGUAAGGAGGGAGCUCAGCCCGACGAUGCCACGCUCCAGAAGAAGCUGCGGGAGCACUUGAUGUCCGGUAAGCCCAGCAGCUUUGAGGACGUCUCCCCGGUGACCACGGCGGAGAUGAUUUUGGCGCGAAAAAAGGCGGGCUUGCUGUCGAAGGGCUCUACGACGACACCAUCCCCAGGCGUCCAAAAGCGGCGCUUUGAGGAGCUGCGAGAGGAAAGAGACAAGGGUGGCUUGCCGGCGGCCAAGAAGCUCUAUCAAUCCGCCACGGAUGAGACACUCAAGCUGAGCGAAGAGCAAAUGGAAGUACUGCGGGCCUGCACCUCUGGCAAGAAUGUCUUCUUCACGGGUUCCGCUGGAACCGGCAAGAGUUUCUUAUUACGACGUAUCAUAUCAGCAUUGCCGCCCGAUGGCACGGUGGCCACGGCCUCAACGGGAGUGGCUGCCUGUCUGAUCGGAGGCACCACACUUCAUGCCUUUGCAGGCAUUGGCGGCGGAGAUGCGUCCAUGCAAAGGUGCCUGGACCUGGCAUCGCGACCGAUGAGUGCCCAGACAUGGCGCAAGUGCAAGCGACUCAUUAUCGACGAGAUCUCCAUGGUGGAUGGGCAGUUUUUUGAGAAAAUCGAAGCCGUUGCCCGUCACAUUCGUCGCAAUGAUCGUCCUUUUGGUGGCAUCCAGCUCAUCCUUUGCGGUGAUUUCCUCCAGCUUCCGCCAGUUAUCAAAGGUGAUUUUGGCGCUGCGCCCACGGCCACGCCGCAGCAGCGUUUUUGCUUCCAGUCCAGUGCCUGGGAAACCUGCAUUCAGUGUGUCUACGAGCUGAAGCAGGUGCACCGUCAAUCCGAUCCAGAGUUUGUGAAGAUCCUGAACCACCUUCGCAUUGGACAUGUGAAUGACUCGAUAACCACUCGACUGGCGGCCACUUCAAAACAGAAGAUCGAGGGCAAUGGCAUCUUGGCCACCCAGCUGUGCUCUCACACCAAUGAUGCUAAUUCAAUCAACGAAUCGAAGCUGGAGAAUCUUCAGGGAGACAAGAUCCUUUUCAAAGCGGACGACUCGGAUGCAUCGAUGACGAAGCAAAUGGACCAACAGGUGCAGGCGCCAUCCCAGCUCUACCUAAAGGUGAAUGCCCAGGUAAUGCUUCUGAAAAACAUUAACAUAUCCAAUGGUCUGGUGAAUGGAGCUCGCGGAGUGGUUGUUCGGAUAGAUAAGGAUAAUCUUCCAGUGGUUCGAUUCAAGAACAACCAGGAGUAUGUGUGCCGGCACGAGAAAUGGAUUAUUAAGACCGCCACUGGAGGCAUCCUCACACGACGUCAGGUACCGCUUAAACUGGCUUGGGCCUUCUCCAUCCACAAGAGUCAGGGAUUGACCCUCGAUUGCGUGGAAAUGUCGCUGUCAAAGGUGUUCGAAGCUGGCCAGGCCUAUGUGGCUCUAUCCCGUGCCAAGUCCCUGCAAUCCAUUCGCAUCCUGGACUUUGAUGCCAAGCAGGUGUGGGCCAAUCCCCAAGUUCUGCAGUUCUACAAGGGAUUCCGACGCAAGUUGAUGGACACAACGAUGAUCCCAUUGGGACCCAAAAACAAGGACAAGAAGCCCGGUGAAGGCAAGUCCGCGAAUAGUGCUCUGGCCAAGCUCAAGAAGAGUCUCAUGAACAAGCCCUUAGUCUCGAUUAGCUGAUCAAUGGGAAAGAGUAUAGAUGAAUUUUUAGUAUAUAAACUGAAGACCUACGCGGAUUUUCGGUAAUUAAUAUUAAUUAACUAACAUAAUUACUGAGAAUAUUCACGAUUAGUAAUGAAAGAUACAGCUUAAAAUUCCCUCAAACUAUGAAAAAAUGAAUAAUU